AAUUCACCUCCAUUGUUUCAGUCCUUUCAUUAGCUCCUUUCUUUUCCUGACCUCGCCUCGUAGCACCAAGGCCUCUGUAGAAACAGGGAAGAGUAUUGUGUUCUUUUUACCUUACCUCGCCUCCGCUCGGAGAGGCCUAGGACGUUCAGAAAAUGGCUGCCUUGACCAAUUGCAGCUCGUCCAGCCUUCGCGCGGCAGGGCUCGGUUCGGAGACAGCGUCGUCGCUGUCGUCGUCCUCUCGCACGUCGUCCACGUCGCUCGUCUCGAGACCUCGCCAGGAUGCAACCAGGACGGCAGGACGGCAGCACUCCAGGUUGGUGGUGGAGGCGAAGGGGAAGAAGAGCAACCAGAACUACGCGAGAAGACAACAGCAGCAGCAACCAUCCAUGCCGGAAUUCGACCCGUCAGACGACACUCCCCGCUUCGUGCUCUUCAUCAAGACCAAAGCGGUGAACCGCUGGUAUCCCCUGAGCGUGGUGACGGGCGGCACGGCAGCCAAAAUGAUGCUGGCGGUGAUGCGGAACGACCUGGGCAAGAAGCUGUACGAGGGCACUCUCACCCGCAACAUCGCUGCUGUGGUGUACAAGGAUGAGAAGGCGCUCCGCAACGCCGCCUUGAGACAAUACCCCAUGCUCAAGGGCGCGUCAGGAUACGACUAUGGCUACAAAGUCAUGGAUCCUGCGAAUCCACGAGCCGCCAUGUAUGGCUCAGACGUUGUGAAGAUGCCUCCAGCUGAGGAGCUCAAGUCUGUGUUUGACAAGGCCAAGGAGUUUGUGGAUGAUAAGUUUGGGACGGCCAAAGAGGCCUUUGGCAAGCUCUCCUCCAUUGGCAGCCUUACGCCGCAGGACGAGGCGUCUGCAGCAGAGUCCAACAAGAAUGCACCCAAGUGAUCCCUCAACGAGAGAACUUUUUAAAUACGUGCUACCUACUUUGGGGGAUGUAUCUCCCUCGGUUUCUUUUUUCAUGAUUGCUGGUUGUUCGUUUUCUUUGGCUCCUGCGAAGGAGUUUUAGUGGAAGCAGUCCCGACCAUACGUAGGCGGUUUGUUUCAUACCUUCACAGGAAAUAAUCGUGCUCAUGUUUACUGAUCAGAAGAGAGAAUAGAAGUUGCUAAAUAGAAGUUCCACAUGUUC